UUUUUUUUUUUUUUUUUUUGUUUUUAAGCAAAGGCGGAGAAGAGAUGCAUUGUAAUUUUUAAAUGUUGUUUUUUGUUGUUUGUUUGUUUCAUUGUGAGUUUCCAAAAAACAACUCAGUGGCGGAUUAUCGCGAUUUCUUCAAUUAUCGUGGAUGUGGAGUAGAUGAGAGCGUCUUAUUAUUAUUAUUAUUAUUAUUAUUAUUAUUAUUAUUAUUAUUAUAGUUGUUGAAAACAUUUGGAAGAACAAAACAACGUGGGGGUGGGAAAAAAAGUUGUUGUUUGUGCGGCAGAGGAACGAAUUGGAGGAAGAGUUUCGUUUCUGAAGAAAGAAAAAAUAAUUAAAAAAAAACAAAAACUCAAAAACUGAACUGCUGCGGUCUUUUAAAACACGAAGUGGAGUGAGGAGACGGGGGGCGGUCGGAGCCCGGUCACAAGGCUGCCUCGGCGGGAUUGACCGAGCAGGAAAAGCCGAGGCUGCGAGGAAACCGCGAGGCCGAGAGGCAGGGCUAAGAUGGCGGCGGCGGCGGCGGCGGGCUCCGGUAACCCUGCAGAUCUGCGCACACAGUUCUGGAGACGGAUCGCCCCCCAGCGAGGAUCUUCUGGGCCUAGGAAAAUGACUGUUACAGAGGGACCGAGCUCCUCCGGACUGCACAGCCAGCUGUCAAUGAAGAGGCUCGGACACAGAGGGGUCGACCCGACCGGGGAAACGACGUACAAGAAGACCACCUCCUCUGCCCUGAAGGGGGCGAUUCAGCUGGGCAUCACUCACACUGUGGGCAGCCUGAGCCAGAAGCCGGAGCGGGACGUGCUCAUGCAGGACUUCGAAGUCGUGGAGACAAUAUUCUUCCCGGGCGAGGGCAGUAACCUGACCCCCGCGCAUCACUACAGUGACUUCCAGUUCAAGACAUACGCACCGAUCGCCUUCCGCUACUUCAGAGAGCUCUUCGGGAUCAGACCGGACGACUAUCUGUACUCCCUGUGUAACGAGUCCCUGAUCGAGCUGUCUAACUCGGGAGCCAGCGGCUCUGUCUUCUACGUCUCCAGCGAUGACGAGUUCAUUAUCAAGACGGUGCAGCACAAGGAGGCAGAGUUUCUGCAGAAGCUGCUUCCAGGGUACUACAUGAACCUCAACCAGAACAAACGGACCCUGCUGCCCAAGUUCUACGGGCUGUACUGCGUCCAGGCCGGGGGGAAGAACAUCCGGAUCGCGGUGAUGAAUAACCUGCUGCCUCGCUCGGUCCACAUGCACCUCAAGUACGACCUGAAGGGAUCCACCUGCAAGAGGAGAGCCUCGGCCAAGGAGCGAGACAAGAAGCUGCCCACCUUCAAGGACCUGGACUUCCUGCAGGACGUCCCGGACGGGCUCUUCCUGGACUCCGACAUGCACAACGCCCUGUGCAAGACCAUGCAGCGGGACUGCCUGGUGCUGCAGAGCUUCAAGAUCAUGGAUUACAGCCUGCUGCUCGGGGUGCACAACCUGGACGCAGCGCGGAGGGAACAGGAGGCCCAGGCAGCCCGGGGCAGGCUGGAGGGGGGGGUCUCCGCCGACCAGCGCAAGCCAGUCGGGCAGAAAUCGCUCUACUGCACCGCCAUGGAGUCCAUCCAGGGGGAGGGGCUGGAGAGGCGCACCAUGGAGACGGACGACCAGAUGGGAGGCAUCCCAGCUCGAAACUCCAAGGGGGAGCGUCUUCUCAUUUAUAUCGGCAUCAUCGACAUCCUGCAGUCCUACAGGCUUAUUAAGAAGUUGGAGCAUUCGUGGAAGGCGCUGGUGCACGAUGGGGACACCGUCUCGGUGCACAGACCCGGGUUCUACGCAGAACGGUUCCAGAGAUUCAUGUGCAGCUCCGUCUUCAAGAAGAUCCCGUUGAAGCCCUCCCCCUCGAAGAAGAGUCGGAGUGGGGGCACGGCCGGCACGCGGCGGGCCCCCUCGGGUGCCACGGGGGCCGCUGGCUCCUCCGUACCCCCCCAGUCGGGUAUGGAGGGCAGGCUGGUGUACCAGUCUCACUUCCAGCAGGGCACCACCGAGGCUGAGGUGGAACCAGGCAUGCACUCUGGCCCCCCGGACCUGCUCCCGAGGACCCUUGUCCUAGACGAAGCUGCCAGCGUCUCCGUGACGACCACGCUGUCCAGUGCCUCCCUGGGGAGCGAGGGACUGCACUCCCCCAUACAGAGGUCUGUGGGGGUGGAGGUGCACAAGCCCACAAACACAGAACCGGAUCGGAACGCGGCCCGCAGCUCGCCUGGCGCCCCGUCGGGUCAGGAAGACGCUGUCUCACUGAACGAUAUCCUGCCGGACACCAUCCUAUUCUGAGACCGACUCGAGUGCAGAAGUGAUGUUUUCCAGUCUGAGGGACAAGGAGGGAGUUUGUUUCCUGCUCUGGCGCCAUCUUGUGGCCGUGUGAGAGAGACGGGGGGGGGAGGGGGGGCGCAGUGGUUAAUUACCCCCCCCCCGAAGAUUCGUAACGAAAUGAAGCUGCUGCUGCAACUGUACUACUUAUAGUUAAUCUACUUUAAUAGGAGAGAAGUCAGAGACGACACACAGCCUGGGAUCUGCUCUAUUAUUAUUAUUAUUAUUAGAAUCUCUUUUGAAGCGAUGGUCCCGUGUGGGGCUGCCAGUGCCUGAGGCCUUUUAUGUUAUUAUUAUCGAGUCAUUUAGGAAACACUUUUAUCCGGAGCGACUCGCAGAGACCAGGGGGGUGAACUCUGCAUCAUCAACAACUGCUGCUGCUGCUGCAGAGUCUCUUCCAAUAGGACCUC